GCGCUCGGGGCGGCGCUGAGGGACGGGACCGGGACCGGGACUGUCACCGUCACCGUCACCGUCGGGCUGGCACAACUGCACCGGCCCCGCCUGGGCCCCGGCGGCCGUGAAAGCCACCAUUCGUGCCCCCCGUGCGGGCGGCCGGAGCGAGUGCAGGGAGCUGGGUGCUGGGACGCUUCGCAUCGGCCUGCGGACUGCAAGGGCCCCCCGGCCCGCCAGCUGCCGCUGCGACUGUUUUUGGACCUGAGGGAUGGACUUCUCAGUGGUUACUGUUGGCCACGUGCAAAAUGUGCUUUCAGCUAUGCAGAAGAACUUGGAGUGCCCCAUAUGCUUGGAUGUGGUGCAAGAGCCAGUUUCAACAAAAUGUGAUCACAUAUUCUGCAGGUUCUGCAUGUUCAAACUUCUCAGCAAAAAGAAAAAAGGUGUGAUACAGUGUCCUCUGUGUAAGACUGAAGUUACCAAGAGAAGCCUGAAAGAAAAUUCCAGAUUUAAGCAACUAAUUGAAGGAUUGUUGGAAACUAUCCAUGCUUUUGAGCUUGACACUGGAGUGAAGUUUUUAAAGAGUCACCACAUUCAUAAAACACCCACAGAAGCCACUGCUGCUGAGCUCCUGUGUAAAGAAAGUUCUGUCAUUCAAAGUAAGGGCUUCAGAAACAGGAGAAAAAGUGCUAAAGAAAAUGGGCAAGAAAACACCACCUUGCAGGAAACUACUGGGAAUACUCAGCUUACAGAUACCAGGGCCAAAAGGUGUCACCUCAGAAACAACCCCCAGAAAUGUGGCUCUCAGAAAGGGGUUUAUGUGGAGCUGGGUUCUGAAUCAUCUGAAGAGUUUUUUAAACAGGCAAGCAAAACUGGGUUUGAAGACAAAGCUGCAGUUCAGAUUUCUUCUCAAGAAAAGCUAGAAGAACCUGAGAGUGUUGAGAAGGGGAAUGAAAAUUCCUGCAAUGCACGACCUGACAAGCUGUGUGCCAAAGAAAUAACACUACCAAAUGUCAUAGGUGAAAGUGAUUUCUCGAAGGAAGGCUUGAGCAAGAAAAGCACUCAGAGCAUCACUGAAUGUGCCAAACCUGACCAAGUGAAUAUGACUGAAUGCCAGAGUUCUCCCUUAAAUGUUCUUGCUGCAGAUCUACCUCCAGAGCAGUGUGACAGAGUAGGUAAUUCCAGUCCCACAGUGAACAGGGGCACAUCAUUCUUCAAGAACACAGAAGAAACGGAUGAAGAGCAGACUCAGUACAAGAGUAAAAACAAAGAGUUUGACUUAAAAGGUAGUUCAGGGAGCAGGCUGGAUAAAAGCGAGGAAAUGGAUACUGGUUUACAAAGUGAGGAAGCUGUGGAGGUGUGUGAACCUGAGAAUGACUCUUUCCAUGGCAAAGAACUUCCUCAGGAGAAGCUACUUCAGCCAGAGAAGACACUUCCCUCUGCCACCUUGGAUCGAGUCUCCAGGAAGAGACUGAAGCGAAGCAUUCGGAAAGUCAAUGAAUGGUUUUCAAAAAGCAACAAGAUUCUGUCUUCCAGUUCUUCCCCGGAUGAUUCUGCUGGAGGAACUGAUGUUUCAGGUGAGGGAGAUGCAUGUUCAUCAGAUAAAGAAUCCUGUAUUUCAGAAAAUACUGACCCUGUGGUAGAUUCCAUGGAAAUUGCAGUGGUUGAAAGAAACAAGAGAUGGUCAAAGCAAACAGCAGAUAGCAUCAAAGACAAAAUAUUUGGAAAAACCUACAGAAGAGAGAGGAAAUCAAAUCGCCCUUCUACCUCCAGAGACAUUUUAUCUACUACAAAAAAGAAAGAUGUGGCUGCUGAUAAGUGCUUGAACAAUUCCAGCAGAGACAGACCCAAAAGAAAAAGGAAGACUGCCUGUGUCCUGCAACCUGAGGAUUUCAUCAAGAAAAAAGAUACAGAAGAGGCAGAUGGAGGCCCUCAAAGUGUGAGCAGAUGCCUUGGAGAUGCUGGAAAGAAAAGAUGUGAUGGAAGUGUUGCUGUUAAUGAGAGUCACCUCUCUCAGAAUAGAGUGGAUAAUACACUAACAGAACAUGAAGAAGGAGGAGGGGCCAGAUGGAAAAAAGCUACUGAAAAGGUGACUGGCAAGCAGUGUGAUGAGGAGCUAAAAAUGUGUGUCAGUGAUCAGAAAAGCACUAAAAAAAGUUCUGCAGCAAAAAGAUGCAGGCGUUCCACUAGAACCAUGUGUGCUCUACAGUUAGCAGUGGAUAGAAACUCUGUUUCCCCUGAUCCAACUGAGCCCCAGAUUGAUAGCUAUCCAAGCAGUGGAGAGCCCAGGAGAGCUGAUUCUGAGCAAAACCAAGUGAGGCGCAGCAGGAGGCUUCAGUUACUUUCUGAAGAAAUGAAAGAAAUGACAAAAGAAACAGGAAAAGGAGUAAUAGCAAAGGGAGCACGAAAGAAUGGCAGUGAUGGUGGAGGAGCUGUCUUUGGAGACCAAAAGAAUGUGGCAACUCAGGCAGCUGAAUGCAAAGACCUGCGUGAGCCUCAGGAUAUGUUGAGCUCUGCGGGAGUCACUAAUCUGAAGGGAGGUGAUCUGGAAGCAAAUGAAAUGCAGGUUAGUCUAAAGAGUUUAUCUGACACUGCAGAAACUGGAAAAAGUCUCUUCAAUCCUGCAUCUUCGUGUCAGCCUCCAAACUGUGGUUCCUUUACACCUUAUGCAGGUUCUCAAGACAGUGAAAUACAAGGUAGCCCUCUCCUCCUGCAGCCUCCUUCAGUGCCUGCUGUGCAAACUGCUUCCCAUCAGACUGAAGAGGUGACUGAAUCACUUACUGCCUUUCCACAGGAAUGUGGGCAUGAUUCACAAAGUGUUCCAGGGGACUUCAGAACUGAGAAGUUGCCCGUGGCUAAAACUGUUUCGGAAUCGACCAAGGAAGCAGAAGACAGUGAAUUAGACACACAGUACCUGCGAAAUAUAUUUAGGCAUUCGAAACGCUUGUCCUUCAGCCUUUUUGGGGCUCCCAGGCAGACCUGUGCAGUAGAAGAUCCUGGUUCUGAAACUUUAAAUCCAUCACGUGCUGCUCAGGUAGAAAAGAAGUAUAGCAAACAUUUACAACCAGAAAACUUGCAAGAAGAGAGAGCAGCUGCUGAAAGCUUGAGAAGGGUUUGUGAGAAAGAGAAGCUUGAGGUCUGUGAGUCUGCCUGUGUUGAUGAUGUGACUUGCACAGGAGAACACAGCCAUGCUGUUCCACAGGCUGCAAAGGAAGGGACUCUGACAUCAGUGAGAACAGAGACUGCUGGGACUGAGGCCAAAAACCAAUCACUAAAAGGACAGCAGGGCAAUGAAAAGCCUGUGUCAACUGCCAUAGGGAUAGAAAGUGAGUUGAGACAGAGUCCAAUCAGAAGUAAUAGAAGCCAAAGUGAUCAGAGUGACAUAGAAGAGCAUGAUUCCAAACAAACCAAUGAGAUAGGCUUCACUUCAGAAAGCAGUCUGGAAGGAAAGACCAAAGUUGUUGAUGACAAAGAACCAGUUCUACAUUUUCUAUCCGGAUCGAUGAUUUGUCCUGCAGGUUCUCAGCAAGGUCCUGCUGAAUUCAUUAGGAAAAAAAGUAGCAAAAGCGAAGGAAAACUAAUAAAGGGGGAUGAAGAACAAGCAACCCAAAGUGGUAGCACAGCAAUGGCUGAGGGUGUAGUUGCAGAGGCUCUUAGAGGGAACAGUGAUUUUACAGGUUUGUCUGAAACCCCUGAUGGCUUACUGGGCUCUGAUGCUGAUAUUGAAGAGAACACCAGCUUUUGUGAAACUGAUAGGAGAGAGAAAUCUGCGGUGUUUGCAAAAGGAAGCAACAAUGCCCUGGGAAAAGAACCUCACAGCAGAAAUGUUGGUUCUAAGCCAAGAUCUCGAGGUAUUCAAAAGUCUCGAAGACGAGCACGGAAACUGCCAUCUUCGGACGAAGAAUCCUGUGAGGAUGAAGACCUGCCAUGUUUUCAGACAUUAGUACUUGGCAAAUCAGUAAGCACACCUCUGCAGACUGAUAAACAAGUGACACCUGUGGUAGAGUCUUCAACUAGUCCCAACACGUCGCCUCACAGUGGAAGUAAUGGUGACAAUAUUAUGCAGAAAAUUCCCGAAGUUGCCCAAGGCAAUGUGUGUGUUUCACCAAGCCAGGAGUCAGAAUGCUCUGUCAACUUAUUUUCUUCCCAGUCCAUGUCUGAAGAAUCAGUUAAUGGAGCACAAGAGCUGGAGAAACUUUUGCUGCAAGUUGAUGAAUCCAAACAAGUGACCGGCGUGAAUGAGAGCAAGGAAACUUUUCAGAGUUGUAAUGGAAGGCUGAAGAGGACCAAAACUGGCUUCAAAGAUGAAUACCAAGAAGACCCAAACAUGGGAGCAAACCUAGGUACAAACCAAGAUUUUCAUCUUUGCAGCUGUGUUUGUAAUGUCAUUACACACGGGUUUGCUGAUGUUGGCACUCCUGUGUCUCCUUUGCAGCAAAAGAAUGCUAUGCAAAAUAGCCUGAAAAAACUUCAGCAAGAAAUGGCUGUGCUUGAAGCAGCACUGAAGCAACAGGGAAGUCAGGCCUGUGAAUUUUUGCCUCUCCACAGUGAACUGCCACAUCCCAGUAGUGAAAGAACAUUGGAAAUGGAACAAAUGAGACAAGAUAAAGAAAGGUCUCCAGAAUUGUUGCUCCCAUCUUCUGAAUCCUGUUUGUUAAAGAGACCAGAUCUGGAGAAAGGCCUUGAGUGUGACAAUGUUCUAAAGAACAAAGCUCCUUGUGAAAAGACAAAACCUGUGCAGGAGGCAGUGCAAGAACACAGGCAGUGUCAGCUUGAAACAGAAAAUGCAGAGGAGCAGAAAUCUGGGACCAGGCAAAACAGUGCAUCUGUCUCAUCAAAUCCCUCUGGAAAUGUGAUCAAGAAUCCAAAUAACUCUUCCUCCUCUACAAGGCUUCUUAACCCUCCAACUCCUGAAGCCACAAAUGGGUCUGUUGUAGCUCAGAACACUAAUAAAAGCUGUGGUCCAGGACACAGAUUGAAGAAAAGUGGCUGUUUUCCUGUACCUGUCCUGCACAAUGCAGCUGGGAAAGAAAAUGCUCCAAGUCCAGUUGUGACAAAGAGGAAAGAAAUGUCAAUUGUGGCAUCAGGUCUGAAUCACAGUGAACAUUUGGUGGUCCAGAAGUUUGCAAGAAAAACUCAGAGCACUUUAUCUAAUCACAUUACUGAAGGAACAACCCAUGUCAUAAUGAAAACAGAUAAGGAGCUGGUGUGUGAACGGACACUGAAGUACUUCCUGGGCAUUGCAGGAAGAAAAUGGGUGGUUAGUUAUCAGUGGGUAAUUCAGUCUCUUCAAGAAGAAAGGCUCCUGGAUGAGGAGGACUUUGAAGUUAGAGGAGAUGUAAUCAAUGGGCGAAACCACCAAGGUCCUAAGAGGGCUAGACAGGGUCAGACUGAAAAGAUCUUUAAAGACUUUGAGAUCUGUUGCUAUGGACCUUUCACUGAUAUGACUACAGAACAUCUGGAGUCUAUGGUGGAGCUUUGUGGUGCCUCUGUGGUGAAGCAGCUUCAUCUGUUCACACACACCCCAAACUCUACUGCUGUUGUGGUUGUGCAACCAGAUGCUUGGAAGGAAAACACAGAUUAUGGAGCGAUACAGCAGCAGAACAACGUUGCCGUGGUGACCAGGGAGUGGGUCUUGGACAGCGUGGCUUGCUAUGAGUGCCAGAAGUUUGAUGCUUACCUUGUGUUCUAAGGGUUAACAGCAGCUCUUUGGCCACUGCUCAGUGAUCAGUGCUGAUAGUUUGAAAUUAUUUUAAGGACUGAGAGUUUUUGAGACAGGCAGAGACAAUGUGUGUCUGCUGUUCUUGUUCAGAGCAAACUGACAGAUUUUUAUUAAAAAUAAAAUUGCUUAUAUAACAUUACCAUCUACAGAUAGAAUUAGCCACUGUUCUUUAAAGAUUUAUAUUAAUAUAAAGCACUAUUUUGAAAUUACAAAUGUUAAACAAAUUUUAAAAGUUAGAAAAUGUAGAAUAUGGCCUCCUCAGAGAAAUGGUGAUGUGUUCUUUACCAUUGCAGCCAGUUCCUGUUUAUAUACUUGUGGCCAGUUUGGAGACAGUCAAAAGAGGGAUAUUGGGCUCAGGGCUUGAAUUAAAAUGUUCUUGCACUCUGGAGUAACCCCCAUGUUUUCAUUUGGUUUAAAUGCAAACCCUGAACACCAUUUGUGAUGCAUCGACCACUGACUGGUUGUGUUGAAAACAUCACAAACAGCUCUCUUGUUGUAUAUCAAAGUGCCAACUCACCCUACCCAGAAACAUUCACACAUACAGCCCUCAGAAAGCCAGUGACUGAGUCUCAACAGAAACCUCUCCUUAAAACCACGAGCCCAUACCAGUGUUGUCCAUCUGAUUUCUGGCAGGUGUCUGUGACACUGUGAAGAGUUAAUGAACAGAUGCACUUUAGUAUCCCAGUGACCCAUAAUAAGCCCAGUAAGAAUCUGCUUCUAAUAGUCCCUGUGUGCAAAAUGAGGCUGUAAAGAAAUUACUUUUUAUGUAAGAAAAUAUGUUGUGUGUUUCUGUUGCCAAGCAAUUCAACUUCAUACCUAAUUUUGUACUUUGAGAACAGAAAGAAAACCUGUUCUCAUGCAGUGGUUGUUUAAAAAAAAAAA